AUGCUUCUCGCACGCAUGCACCACGACCAACUACCAUAUGGAGCAGUAUCGGAUGUGGCUCGGCACUUUCAGUGCCACAGGGUUACCAUAUCACGACUCUGGAAAAAUGGACGCCUCUCUCUCCUCCACGGUGCUCCGAUGGCGGACAUCGCUGCCAAAAUUCGAGCACGGCGAUCCGUCGAAAUAAUUGAAGCGACGAUCAAGGCCGUGCCCCAAGAAGAUCGCCAAACACAGCGCUCCCUCGCCGCACACAGUGGCAUACCCCAGACGACCAUCAUGCGCCACAUGGCAGCAACCAAGAAGCCCAUGCCGCAUUCAAGCCAUGUCAAACCAUUCUUGACGGACGCCAACAAGACCAAGCGCCUGCAUGAAGAACUGGCCCAUCGCGCCGCCAAAAUCCAAACGAUUAUCGCAAAAGUAAUGUUUUUGGCCGCCGUUGCACGUCCCCGGUACGAUCCCCACCUACGACAAGAAUUCGAUGGAAAGCUGUGUAUUUGGCCGUUUGUCCAACGCGUGCCAGGAGCUAGAAAUAGUUAA